AUGACAACAACGUCCUCGAGUUCACCCGCCGGAACGGAAGUGGGCACGCGAUCCGGAACCAGCAGCCGGAUAAGCCAAAAACAACGCUCACCCAGCGAUGGAGCCGAUUCCUCCAGUGGCAGUGGUAUUGCUGGUGGCCGCGAACCCUGGAUAUCAACAAACAAGAUCCUUAACAGUAGCUUGUGUGGCAGGCGGAUUAACAGCCGCAACCCGAACUUUGACUACGACGAGACGAAGCUGCUGAUAGCGCUUUGGGGUGAUCCGGUUGUACAGAAGACGCUCAUCACAACGCACAAAAAGCACCCGGUCAUCGCCGAACUGGCGCGGAAAAUGCGUGAACACGGGUACAACCGCUCGACGGAGGAAAUCAACACGCGCAUCAAGAACCUGAAGUGUUUCUACAACCGCAUCAAAAAGGAUAUGGCCGCGGGUAUCAUCAACCAGACGACGUGGCGUCACUUCGCAGAGAUGGACGAAAUCAUCAGCCGGCCGGUGUUCGGAAACGCGCACCGGUUGCAUAUGAUACAGAUGCAGAAGCAACAGGAGCAGGACCAGGUGAAAGCGAAAAGCGAGGACGAACAGGAAUCGGGCAAGGAUCAGCUGCACCAGUUUCCGGUGAAGCUGGAAUUGAUGAGCGACGAUGAGGAAGAUGAUGACGCGACGGAGAUUCGGGCGGAAGAUUUGCUUACGAUCGACACCAAGUUCCCGGAGGAUUCUCCGCUGGUUCCCGUUAGGGCAGUGACCAGACCAUCCGGUGCCCGGAAGACCAUCGCUAGCAGAAAUGGGCGGGUUGCGAACAGAAAGACCGACGCGGAUGAGGACGAUGAAGAUGACGAUGAUGAUGAUGACGAGUAUGACGAUGAUGAGGGUAGCGAUUUUGAUGUGGAAAACGAGUUUAAUGACGGUUUGGAUGAGCUGCUGCAAAAAGCACAAGCGACAAAAUCUAACACCACUGGGGGAGGAUCCGGAAUGGCAAAAUCCGCUUCCGGAUCAGCCACGUCAGCUGCAUCCAAACCACUGGGUAGUGGAUCGAGUGGUUUGGUAAUCGAAACCAUCACAUCCGGCAACGGAACCACCAUCACGGCGACCUCGACAGCAUCCACGACGGUACCAACAGCAGGAAAGAUAUCAGUCGUCCCUGCCAACCUGCUGAUGAAGCAACCCACGGUCGUAUCCAGCAGUAUGGCCAAACCGAUACAGAUCUACACGCAGCCCACGAUGAGCAUCGCUAAGGGCGCCGGUUCCGGUGUGACGGUUGUAGGCGCUUCACAGAGUGGCGUUGGAACGUCUAAUGUUGGUCCAACACCGAUGAAGCUGCUGCUGGUGAACACCGUUGCGAAGGAUGGAACAACACAGCAAAUACUGACGCCUGCACCGGAGUCCUCCACGUUGCCUAAGCUCAUACCAGCACCGGUGCAGCAUACGAAAAUUCCAAUCUCGGUAGCGGGCCAACCACCGAUCGUUACCAUUCCGGCGAUGAACGUGCCCAAGAAAGCGAGUGAACUACCCAAAUCGACUCAUCCGGCCGCACGUGGUCCGGGCGGUGGACAGGCAGCCGGUUUCCGAACGCUUCUUACCCAGCUCGUGAGUAUUCAACGCGAAAACCUAGCCCUCAACCAGGAGCGGUUGAUGCUGGAAAAAGAGCGGCUUGACUUCGAGAAGCAGUUCGGAGGAUCGCUCGUCAGCAUGGUGCGCAACAUGAGCACAUUUUUCUCCGGCAUGCUGCAGCACCAGCGGAACGAGCUGCAGAUGAAAGAAUCUACGGAACAGACGCCCAACGAGAAGGCGAUAAAGGAACAACCUGUAAAUGAUAAGGACCCUGAAACGAUCAAGCCAACCGAAGACGAAAGUCGAUCGCCGGAGGUGCGAGAAAUUUCUGCUUCACCCUCGCCAGGAGCAUCCAAUUCAAGAGUUGCAUCGCCCACGUCCACUACGAAAGCUCCAACCACGGACAAUGGCAUCGAAAAAACACCCAAAGAAAACCAAAGUGCGGCAAAGCGAUCGGAGUCAUCCCCGCCACCAGCUGCGACACCGGUCCCAUCCGCAAAACCGACAGACGAACAGCCAUCAACGUCGACAGACGUGUCCUUGCCGAAAAAGCGCCGCAUGAUGACUCGCAAUUCCACUCAAAAUUCACAGGGCACAUCACAGCGCGGCACACCAGCUACCAACGGUGCGGAUGAUCCCCUUAAGUCAGAGAUCAUUAGCGACGUCGACGAACAUUAA